AUGUUCACGGCGUCGUCCAUCUUUCUUCAAGCAUUGUGUGACUCUGGAAUUACUCAUGCAUUCGUGAACUGGGGAUCGGACCACCCCGCGCUGCUUGCGGACUUGGAACGGCAGAGGUCAACGGCAACAGCUGGAAACGAGACGAAGCCCACCAUUGUUACCUGCCCUAAUGAGAUGGUGGCGCUGAGCGCUGCCCAAGGGUAUGCCCAGGUAACCGGAAAGCCUGCUCUCGUUAUCGUCCAUGUGGAUGUUGGUACCCAGGCACUGGCUGGCGCAGUCCACAAUGUGGACAGAUGUCGAGCGCCAGUCAUUAUUUAUGCCGGGGCCUCGCCAUUCAGCACGGAGGGUGAGCAUAAGGGAACGAGAAAUGAGUGGAUCAUGUGGCUUCAAGAUGUACCGGACCAACCCAGCAUUGUCCGACAAUAUAUGAGAUAUACUGCUCAGCUGAAUAGUGCCUUGAGUAUACCAGGGACGAUCCGGAGAUCGAUCCAAAUAGCAACAAGCGAACCGAAAGGGCCAGUAUACCUCUGGGCGCGAAGGGAGGUGAUGGAACAAGAAGUAGACCCUCUCCUGGUCAGAGAAAUCACAGCCACAAAUGCGGCUCAGAGUUGGCCCCCUGUAGAGCCAACUGCACUAUCAUCCACCGCUGCUUCACGAAUCGCGACGGCACUCCUGACAGCGCAACACCCUCUCAUCAUCACUUCUCACAUUGGUCGAAACCCUCAUGCUGUCAGCCCGCUUUUGGCGCUUUCGACCCUACUGGCCAUACCCAUCCUUCCCGUUUGUCCAUCAGUCGUUUGUGUGCCCCAUUCCCAUCCAUUUGGGCUGGCCUCAACGUAUCUCAAUUCAUCUCCGAGCUCCAAUGUCCCGUCCUCUUUGGAUGAAUCACCAGCUCCCGAGUCCCCGCACGCUUCUCGAGAUCUCAAUCACCUGGCCAUGGCAGACGUCAUCCUGGUGGUCGAUUCGGACCUGACUUGGAUACCGGGCAAUGACCAACGCCCCGCUCCAGGGUCGCGUAUCUUUUUCUUGGAUGGUGGAGACCCUUUGAAGACGACUGUGCAGAUGGGGUGGUGGAGGGGCGAGGCGGAGAUGAUCUGUAAAGCCGACGCAGAGGUGGCGUUGGGUCAGAUCGUGGAUGUCGUCAGGGAGGUGGAUCAAAGUGGUCUCGUUGCGGAAGGAGAGGAUGUGAAACGGCGAGCUCGCUGGCUGAAACGUGCCUGGCAGCUUCGUGUCCAGGACAUGGACGCCGUCGAACUCGACUUUGCUAGCGCCGGGUCGAUCCUUCCUGAAGAAACCCCAACUGAUGGAACACCUGAGCCCUCAUUUGGUGAAACCCUGAAAUCUCCUCCCAUUUACACCGUCCCGAACAUCCUGCGAGCGCUGCGGGAGGGAAUACGGGAGCUUACACCCAGUCGUGGAGAAAGAGUUCUCGUUCUCAAUGAAACCAUCACCAAUUUCCAGUUCAUUUGGGAGCACAUGCGACCGGAGGUUCCGGGGAGUUUAUUGACAUCCGGAGGGUCCUCUUUGGGAUGGGCUCUUGGAGCUGCUGUGGGAGCUUCCCUCGGUGGAUCUCCCAAGCAGCCCCAAGCAGCCACUGCAUCUGGCGUGACAGACGAAGGAAUCACGAAACAUGACCUCAUUGUCGCAAUCGUCGGCGAUGGUUGCUAUAUGUUUGGAGUACCGAGCUCAGCAUAUUGGAUGGCGAUGAGGUAUCAGACGCCCUUCCUUACCAUCAUCCUAAAUAACGGAGGUUGGAAGGCGCCAAAGCUUUCUAUGUUGUCGGUCCAUCCCAUAGGCCACAAUAACGAGCAACUUUCCAGCGUUUCCGGUGAUACACUCACCACUGGGUUCGGUCCCAUCUGCCCCGAUUACUCUCAGAUUGCCGUGGCAGCCUCUGCUGGCUGGGCAUGGGGUGCUCGUGUAGGUGGAAGGACCGACGCAAACGGAGUUUUCAACGGGAACCCGGUAGCAUCCAUACUCAAACCGUCGGAGGAAGAUGUCAGUCCAACACCUCAAGACGGUGGAAAGGCCUUGCUCGAAGACACGAUCAGAAAAGGAAUCGAGGUCGUGGUCAAGGAAAAGCGCUGCGCUGUAAUUGACUGCUUUCUGGAUGGUAUCUGAAUUAAAGGGAUGGUACUCUGUAGGAUAUUGAUUCUAGUGAGAUGUAAUUCCAUAGCAAUGCGUGAUAAUCCGUCUU